AUAUAUAAAAAGUUAAACAAGCUUAAAUCUUUAUUAUUAUCACAUCUAUACGAAUAGAAAAGAUUGUCAUACGAAUAGAAAGUCAUAAAUGUUAACAGGGGAGGAGAGCAACCAUUUGGGAGGUUUGGAAAUGUGUUUUGUCUCGUCAUUGCCUCACUAAAUUAUUCUUCUUCCUUUCAUCACAAUGAGAAAAAGAGCCUCUUUCCAAUCAGCUGCAGUUGGUGGAGCGAGGCCAAGGGGAUGAUCUGCUAUUAAUGAUAUAAUAGUUGAAAUGAUGUAAAACUAGCUUAAAGCCUAGAAAUGUCUUUUUUUUUCCAUUUGGCUUGGAAAACAAAACUAAAUUUAUCCAGGUGUAGAAGAGGAUUUUGGAUGAUUAGCUUGUGUAUUUGAUCAAAGUCAGACCGAAGAUAAGCAAGCAGUGAAUUUUUCUUUCAUUGUUUUCAACUUUUAAACUUGGGUUUCCAUGUUCAUUCCUUGCUGAAUAUAGCUCCUUCCUGGUAUCCAAUGGUACCCAUUGGAAAGAGCAGAAGAAUGCUCAGACUCGUGUCCAGCUAUUUCCCAGCUUCCUAGGACAAUGGGUCGAGGGAGAAGGAAUUUCACAAAUACCUAAAUAAAAAGCAGUCACAGCUCCAGGAUUUCACAAAAAACGAUCAAAUAUCUUAAUGUUAUUAGUGGUAUUAAUAACAGCCAACAUUUUCCAAACCCCGCUUCCGUAAAAUUCCCUCUAUUUAAUAUCCGGGGUUGUUAAAUUCCGUACUUGCUUAUUUUGACUUUUUUCCAGAGGUGUCGGAGCGGCGCUCCGGUGAGCUCUGGUAGCACUGCACCCCUGAAUGAAUGAGACAGUUCACUGUUAAAUGCAAAACCCCGAACAAUGUCGAUGAUCAGAGGGAUCUUAGACUCCAAGUUCAUCGCUCCCUGAAAGAGACUGCAUAGAUUGAUCGGGCGGUUAAGAAGGCAAAUGACAUGGUUGUCUUUAUUAGAUGAAGCAUUGAGUUCAAAAGUCGGGAAGUUGUGUUGCAGCUUUGUAAAACUUGUUAGACCACAACUGGAGUGUUUCAUACAGUUCUGCUCACCCCCAUUCUCGGAAGGAUGUCGGGGCUUUGGAGAGGGCACAGAAGAGGGUUACCAGGAUACUCCCUGGAUUAGAGGGCAUGAGCUAUAACGAGAGGCUGGACAAACUUGUGUUGUUUUCUCCAGAGCGGUGCAGGCUGCGGUGAGACUGGAUGGACGUUUAUAAGAUUACGAGAGGAAUAGAUAGAGUGGACAGAGGGUAUGUUUUUUCCUGGGGGUUAGAAAUGUCUGACACAUUUAAGCUGAGAGGAGAUGUGAGGGGCGUCUGUUUAUUUUCACAGAAUGCUGGGAAGCUGGAGUCUAUGCCUGGGGUGCUAGACCCCACUGGUCACGUGAUCCCAUUUGCCCCUCCCAUUUAACCAUAGAUGUAACGAUCUCUUUGUGCAUGUUCACAAUCUCCAGGUGGGUGGUCACGCAUCCUCCAUGUUGUGUUGGGGAAAUCUGAUGUCGGCCACUGAGUCCCAUUAACUUCCCCGAACUCGCCUCGCUUCCUGAGGCUCCUCACAUUUGUCCUGGAGCUUUAUGGCUGUUGUGUCUCCUCCCGGACUGGGGUGGGUGAUAAAGGAGAACGUCCCAGGUUGUGGGGAUCUUUGAUUUCACUGCCUGCUUUACCGAGGGACUGGGAAGUCUAGGGGGGAGGAUGGUUUCUGUGAUGUGCUGAUCUGGGUCCAAAGGUCUCUGCCGUUCCUCACAGUCACGGGCGGAGCAGUUACCAUGCAAAGCGUGAGGUGUCCGGAUGGGAAACUUUCUAUGCUGUGUUGAUAAAAAUUUGGUGAGGGUCAAAGUAUAUCUGGCAAAGUUCUUGUUAUUUUUGCUAAUUCUGUCAUUUUAGAAUCAUUUGUACAAUAGUAUGUACUAUUCAUUCAGUACCUAUGUGUUGCUGGAGGACAAUCAGUGAUUGUCCUUGAUCCCUUCUCCCACCUGGUUCCAUCUGUUCAUCUUGUUCAACCUCUGUCCAGUCUCCUCACACCCCCCAACCCCGCUUCAGUGAUAUACAUUAACCAUCUGGGUCAUCCUCAGUCCGCCUUGUAUCCCACCUCCUCAAUGUUAUAUAUCAGCAAACUUUUUCUAACCCUUGUCUUCAUCGUGAAAUGUACUUUUGUACCUUUGGCCUCGCUGAGUCAUUUCCAGUAUCGGUUAUUGUUAGCUGAAAUGCCGGAGGGUCAUCAGGUCCCAGUUCUGUUGUGCAUUGGUGUGGAGGUGCUAGUUUAUGAUCAGUGAUGGACUGGCACAGUGCAGCAUUUUACUGGCAGCAAAGAGUACUGGGAGAGUUGGUGCUUGGGCUCUAAUCCUGUGAUCCAGGCAAAUGGAACUGUUGGUGUUUUGGCUUUGACUUUGUUUUGAGCUUCUACAGAUGGGGCUGGAUGAUCGUCCUGCAAUGCAGAAAUUUUGAGCAGCUGGACAUUGGAUGUGGGGAAAUCCCGACUGCACUACCCAGUGUGAGAUGUGGGGACAAUGUGUGAGACUCUUAGUGUCGUUAGACCUGCAGUGAGAGAUUUAUUGGAAGAAAAACCACGACUGAAGUCGAGGGAACAGCAACAAGUGAACCAGCCCGAGGAUUGAGAGCACUGAUUGGAGAGAAACCAAUCUGACUCGGAGAUUCCAGUGAUUCAAUCAGGAGAAAGUUUGGUUAAAAAUGACAAGGAAUUUGUCUACGGGAAUCUCGAACACUACACGCCAGUUUUGCUGUCUCUGUCCAGAUAUUUAAGAAGUGGAGCAAGGGAUUCACUCGAUCAUCCUUCCUGCUCAGACUGUGGGGAGGGAUUCCCUCGAUCAUCCUUCCUGCUCAGACAGUGGGGAGGGAUUCACUCGGUCAUACAUCCUGCUCAGACUGUGGAGAGGGAUUCACUUGGUCAUCCUUCCCACUCAGACUGUGGGGAGGGAUUCACUCGGUCAUCCUUCCUGCUCAGACUGUGGGGAGGGAUUCACUCGGUCAUCCUUCCCGCUCAGACUGUGGGGAGGGAUUCACUCGGUCAUCCUUCCCACUCAGACUGUGGGGAGGGAUUCACUCGAUCAUCCUUCCUGCUCAGACUGUGGGGAGGGAUUCACUCUAUCAUCAGACUGACUGCCAUGCCUGCCAUUUUAAACGGGGGUGGUGGGGGGGAACCUGUUCAUCUGCUCAGACAGUGGGAAUGGAUUCAGUUGGACAUUUCAACUGAAGGGACAUCAGUAAGUUUAUACUGGGGCAAGGCCAUUCACCUGUUCUGUGUGUGACAAGGGGUUCAGUCGGUCUUCCCACCAGUGGACACACCAAUUAGUUCACACCACACCGGGCAGAGUCUGGUCAACUGCUGAAUUUCUGGGAAAGGAUUCACUUGGUCAUCUGACCUAAUGGCUCACCAGCGAGUUCACACCGGGGAGAGUCCGUUCACCUGCUCAGACUGUGGGAAAGGAUUCACUUGGUCAUCUAACCUGAAGAAACAUCAGCGAGUUCACACUGGAGAGAGGCCAUACACCUGCUCAGAAUGUGGGAAAGGAUUCACUUCCUCAGAUAAACUGAAGAUACAUCAGCGGGUUCACACUGGGGAGAGGCCGUUCACCUGCUCAAACUGUGGGAAGGGAUUCACUCAGUCAUCUAAACUGAAGGAACAUCAGCGAGUUCACACUGGGGAGAAGCUGUUCAUCUGCUCAGACUGUGGGAAGGGAUUCACUCGGUCAUCCAACCUGCUGGCACACAAGUCAGUUCACACUGGGGAGAGGCCUUUCACCUGUUCAGACUGUGGGAAGGGAUUCUCUUUGUCAUCCCAACUGAAGGGACAUCACCGAGCUCACACUGGGGUUUGGCCAUUCAUCUGCUCAGACUGUGGGAAAGGAUUCACUCAGUUAUCAAAACUGGAGGUACAUCAGCGAGUUCACACUGGAGAGAGGCCAUUCACCUGCUCAGACUGUGGGAAGGGAUUCACUCAGUCAUCUAUUCUGAAGUUACAUCAGCGAGUUCACACUGGGGAGCGGCCGUUCACCUGCUCAGACUGUGGGAGGGGAUUCACUUGCUUAUCUAAUCUGAAAGGACAUCAGAGAGUUCACACUGGUGAGAGGCCAUUCACAUGCUCAGACUGUGGGAAGGGAUUCAUUCUGUCACACGAACUACUGGUACACAAGUCAGUUCACACUGGGGAGUGGCCGUUCACUUGCUCAGACUGUGGUAAGGGAUUCUCUCAGUCAUCCCAACUGAAGGUACAUCAGCGAGUUCACACUGGAGAGAGGCCGUUCACCUGCUCAAACUGUGGGAAAGGAUUCACUCAGUCAUCCAAGCUGAAGGUACACCAGCGAGUUCACACCGGAGAGAGGCCGUUCACCUGCUCAGACUGUGGUAAGGGAUUCACUUGCUCAUCUGAACUGAAGGUACAUCAGCGAGUUCACACUGGGGAGAGGCCAUUCACCUGCUUAGACUGUGGGAAGGGAUUCACUCAGUCAUCGCAUCUGAAGGUACAUCAGCGAGUUCACACUGGAGAGAGGCCGUUCACCUGCUCAGACUGUGGGAAGGGAUUCACUCGGUCAUCUCAAUUACAGAGACACCAGCGAGUUCACACUGAGUAGAGGCCGAUCAACUGGUCAGUCUUUGGGAAAAGUUUCUCUCAGCCAAAUCAACCAAAAUGUGCAUCUUCGAGUUCACACUGCGGAGUGGCCGUUCACCUGCGGUGAAUGUGGGAAGUGAUUCACUAAGUAAUCUAAGCUUAUGUAACUCUCACUUUAGCUAGCAGCUUGAUAUAGCUUAAUUUGCCCCGGGCCCCAGCCCGGCCAAACUUAAGAAAUGUCAUUUGGGUGGAUGCUGCGUGAUGUGUCACCUGUUACAAAUCAGUACUGUACCCCGAAAUAACAAACGGUACACAAUAUGUGAUUAAACAAUUGAGAUUUAUAAUUCUUACUUUGACUAUAGGGUUAGUAAAGAAAACAAAAAAAAAGAAACAGAGCCCACUCUCUCCAUUCGCAUCUUCUCAUCUCUCCCCAGCAAAAGACCAUGAACAUCUCUCUUCCAGACUCACAAGAAGGAACAUUUCUCUCAUUGGACAGACCCACAAUCCAAAUCCCUGUUUGCUAUAGUCGUAACCUAAACAUUGUUAUACUUGUGACAGACUACCGGGUUCACACUGGGGAGAAAGUUUCAAUAAGCUGCAUGCUGGAUAUUUGUCCAUCACUGUUGCUGAAUGCAAUUUGGAGAGUGACUGUUGGUGCUGAACUCUGCAAUUAUUGCUGCUGCUCACCACACCCAGUUCUGCACCCUGAUCACUGGGCAUGGGAGGAAUUUCUUCUGCUGCACAUUCAUCUUUAAUGGGACUGGAGUUUAAUAUUCUGGUUCUGAGACAAAUAAAUCAGUUCUAUUUUAAA